AUGUUGAAGUUCGUGACCGGACUCGUCUUGGCUUCUGCCGCCGCAGGAGUUCAGGCAGGCAAGCCUUUUGUGGAGCUCUCCGUUGCUUCUCCGUCCACGCCCUUUCCGCAGGUCUCUGCCGCCAUCAAGAGUGCCGAGUCUGCGCGUAAAUCCGCUGAGGCUGCCGCUUCUACUGAAAUUGAGGCUGCUUUCAAGCAGACUUUGUCUGAGGCCACGGUCGCACUUGGAAACACCAUCGCCAAGGCUCUCGGUCAUACUUCCUUCGCCAACAUCGCCUCUCCUACGAUUUCCGUGAAGAUGGCCAAGACCACGUCUGACGAGGGUGCUGGCGCAGCUGCCGUGACCUCCCUCGAGGGCAAGCGUGCAGGUGCCGAGGCUGCCUUGGUUGCUUCUGCCAAGAAGGAGUUCCAGGAGGUCGCUAAGGUUGUGAUCGCAGAAUUCGACAAGCAGUUGCACAAGUACAAGGGAUCCAGCUUUGUUCGUUUUUCUCGCGAAAUCAACGUCCGUCUGGUCUCUGAUCCCAGCUACGCUACGAUCGCCACGAUGCUCCAGCAUAUGGAAUCCCACAGGGACGCGGGAGAAGCACGCCUCCGAAGCCAAAUCUUGGUCCGCGAGUUGGACUUGGUCAAGGCUUUGAACCGCGUCGGGUCUGCUGCGCUUGCUGGAAAGUAG